AUGUUAGAGAUUGAGUCCCGACCAAAACCGAUCAGUUUCAACCAAAGACCAAGCAGCCUUAUGUUGGAUAACAUCGUCAACAUGGAUGCAGAAUUGCUCCAUAACAACUUAGUUAACGACAACGAUUGCAACGAAAAUAAUUUAGUCAAUAGAACCAACAGUAAAAAGAAGAAAAGGCGAGCAGCAACAAUAGCAGCUAAAAAUUUUCUAGAUUUAUAUAAAGCAACAGGUGAAGUUCUAGGACAGGGAGCUUAUGCCACUGUGCGUACAUACGUCCACAUUCAGACCAAAAAGGAAUAUGCUGUAAAGAUUAUUGAAAAGAACCAUGUGCGAUCACGGAAUAAAGUAUUUAAAGAAAUUGAAAUCUUUCAUCACUGUCAAGGGCAUGAGAACAUACUUCAGCUUAUUGAAUAUUUUGAGGAGGAGGAUCGGUUCUUCCUUGUGUUCGAAAAAAUGGAAGGAGGUACCUUACUUGCAAAUAUUGAACGCCGAGGUCACUUAACAGAAAGAGAAGCCAGCAUUAUUGUUAGAGACAUAGCUAAUGCCUUAGAUCACAUCCAUAAUAAGGGUAUUGCACACAGGGACUUGAAGCCUGAGAAUAUACUGUGUGGAAGAAAUGGAGAGCUUGUCCCGAUCAAAAUUUGUGAUUUUGACCUUGGUAGUGGGAUUCCAGUUCACAGUGAGGAAUCUGAUCCUGUUACUACACCUGAACUGCAAACUCCCGUGGGUUCUGCUGAGUAUAUGGCCCCGGAGGUUGUAGAUGCUUGGGUGGGAGAAGCAUUUUCUUACGACAAAAAGUGCGACUUGUGGAGCCUGGGUAUUAUUCUGUACAUCAUGUUGUGUGGUUAUCCUCCUUUCUAUGGCCAGUGUGGGGAGGACUGUGGAUGGGAGCGUGGAGAGACUUGUCACAACUGUCAAGAAAGCCUUUUCACUCGUAUCAAAGAGGGCAUUUAUGACUUCCCUGAGAGUGAAUGGUGCAACAUUUCUGAUGAGGCCAAGGACCUCAUCAAACAUCUCCUGGUACGAGAUGCACGGUCACGCUACUCGGCUCUAGAUGUACUGCGUGAUCCUUGGGUUGUACAGCCUCCUGCCGCUACGCCGCUGGCUACACCUCGUAUACUCACCAGGAAUAACAGUACCAAAGAUCUGGAAUCUUUUGCUGAGACGGCCAUUUCAAUCAACCGCAUGAUGCAACAACACCUGGCCAUCUCUGAGCAGAGGACCAGAGGUUUCGGCAAGUAUCAAAGUACUGACAGUUCCAGUGUAAAGUUCAUCCUUUCUCCACCUGGCUCCUCCAGUCUCGCUCGACGACGAGCCGCUUCCUCCAGCGGAAAGUCUCACUCCUCAGAUGACUAUGCAGACAGUGCCAAUGGCUCUCUGGGAAGUUCGUUUUCAUAUGAGAACAUGUAUGGAAGCUCAUUUUCAUCAAGUGCUGCCCUCAGUCCUUGA